UUCUCGAACAUUUCUGUUUACGAAACUGCCGUUGCAUCAGCCUGACGCAAGGAAGUAAGAGCAUCCUGAAAAGAACAGUUCCCCGCAUCUGCAAUUCAAUUCGCCAUCACACGCGCCAAUCUGGACCAACCUAUAGAGGCCGUCACGUCCGACACACCUGUAACGACAGGGAAUGAAAAUCCUCGGUCUGGGGAAGCGCUAGGGAACUGCCGAGCCGGCAGGAAACGCGAGGAGCAGAUGUUCUUUGUGAGAGCGAACAAAACGAACGGCGCACGCAGUAGACCAAGAAAAAGCACCAUGGAUACCGUCGACGUAGACGGCAUCAAGCUACCCGGGUGUUUCAUCGUCAAGUAUCUCGGCGUCCAGGAUGCUUCCGGACUUUGGGGUCUGAAGCAUACGCGUGCAGCGGUUGACGACCUUGUGUCCGGAGCUAGGAGUGGGACCAUAGACGUCCCGAUGCUGAAGCUUGAAGUGAAUGACAAAGCCGUUACCGUCGCCGAGCUUCGAGCAAGGCCGGACAAGGCGGCGUGGACUAUGGCGUUCCCUAUCGAAUGCAUUUCAUACGGAGUGCAGGAUGUGACUUACACAAAGGUUGUGGCAAUGAUAGUGGUGAAAGAGUGUCCAACGGCGCUCCAGCAGGAUCAUCCGUUCAAAUGUCACGUGUUCGUCUGCGAAAGUAAGUUGAUGGCGAAGCGGUUAACGUUGACACUGGCGGCGGCGUUCAGGGAGUUCAGUCAGAUGGUGAAGACCACCAAAACGAGGGAGCUGUACACCAAAAAGUUUGCAAUUGACUUGCGGAGAGAAGAAGAAAAGGAUUCAAUGCCAGAGGAUUCGGAAGCGUAGAUUUUACGCUCGGAGAAUUCGGCUCUUCAUGCGUUCUUAAAUUCUGUAUGUUUGUGGUGUCCAUCAUGUGCGUGGUGAGUGAGACUUGAGUGACAGGAUACGUGAAGCGUUAAUGUGUAAAUACCCUGUAGUGUAAAUAGGUUUCCUCGUUUGGCUGUUUGGUGCUUUGUUUUCUCCUUUGUUUCACGUUGAUUGACUUUUUCUGCGGGCUCGCAAGUACGCGUACGAGUUUCAUCGUUUCUUGUGCGUAGUUCUGUCAGUACUAAUGACAGGUUGAUGCACUAUAAAGCUGUACAGUACGAUCA